AUGAGAUUAUUCACUACUGUUCUCUUUUUGGCGCUGAUGUGCUGUGUAAUUGCUAUUCCGAAACCAAUGAAAUUUCACAAAAAACGUCAGCGAGUCAUGUCACAAGUUGCAUCUAAUCCAUCAAUGGCAUCAGGAUCUACAGUGGGCAUGCGCGACUCCAUUAUUCCAGCCUCUUCUAUGCCUAACGCCAUGGCGGCCAACGCUAUGACAAAUGCCAUGUCUUCUCCUUCUGCAGCAAUGACGUCUCAAGGCAUGCCGAUGACCAAUGUGAUGGCCGGUUCAAUGAAUCCGUCUAGUGGCAUGUUAAGCGGUUCUAUGUCCACACCUCUUUUAAGAGACGCGGCGCAAUUAGCAAUGAUGACUGGAACUUCCAUGCCAGUGAUCACUCAGAUGAUGACGACAUCGCCGACCAUGCGAACUGUCUUGUCUAUGAUGUCUAGACUAGCGGGAAACAUGAUGCCACGAGGACCCAUGAUGUCUAUGUCUUCUACAACUCCAAUGAUGUCUACAUCUCCCAUGAUGUCCAUGAUGGCAAGUCCCAUGUCUACAAUGCCUACAAAUCCCAUGACGCCAAUGGCUGCAAAUCCCAUGAUGACUAUGCCGUCUUCUAAUGCCAUGUCAUCAAUGACUGCAAAUCCUAUGGUGUCAAUGAUGGCGAAUCCCAUGACGUCGAUGACUACCAAUCCCGCAAUGUCUAUGACGAAUCCCAUGGCAGGGAGUUUGGCAAUGUCACCAUCCAUGAUGUCAUCUUCCUCCAGCCCAAUGACGGAAGCUUUAAUGAUGUCACCCAUGCCGAUGUCAAGCCCAAUGCCGAGCUCCGUAUCAAGUAAUAUGAUGGGUGUUGAUUUCCUCACACCAAGUGCGCGAAGAGCUUUGAAAAAAUAUAGUUAUUACAAAUAUUACUAA